AUGAGCCUGACAAACCCUCCUUCCUCCGGUUCGUUCUCUGCCCGAGCAAGGACGGUUGGUCAGAACUUGAAACGGAGCUUGCAGGCCACUGUCGACGAAGCUCUCGAUUCGGCACGGAGACCCGGCGGGUAUACGAGUAAAGUUCGUGUGCGAGAUCGAUAUCAUAUUGUCGGAUUCAUCAGCAGUGGAACAUAUGGACGGGUGUAUAAGGCGAUUGGCAAAAAUGGCCAAAAGGGGGAAUUCGCUAUCAAGAAGUUCAAGCCGGACAAGGAAGGAGAAUCGAUUCAAUAUACAGGUCUCUCACAAUCCGCCAUUCGAGAAAUGUCCCUCUGCACCGAACUAUCCCACGCCAAUGUUGUCCAAUUAGAGGAAAUCAUCCUAGAAGAUAAAUGUAUCUUCAUGGUCUUUGAAUAUACAGAGCACGACCUACUACAAAUCAUCCACCACCACACCCAACCGCAACGACAUGCCAUCUCAUCCCCCAUGGUCCGAUCUAUCCUUUUCCAACUCCUCAACGGCCUCCUAUAUCUACACACAAACUGGGUCCUACACCGUGACCUCAAACCGGCCAACAUUCUUGUUACAUCCAGCGGCGCAAUCCGAAUCGGCGAUCUGGGUCUCGCACGACUAUUCUACAAACCACUCAACUCCCUAUUCUCCGGCGACAAAGUCGUUGUCACAAUAUGGUACCGAGCUCCCGAACUUCUCCUCGGAAGCAGACACUACACACCCGCCGUCGACAUGUGGGCAGUAGGAUGUAUCUUCGCGGAACUACUCUCCCUCCGCCCAAUAUUCAAAGGUGAAGAAGCGAAAAUGGACAGCAAGAAGACUGUUCCAUUCCAACGAAACCAAAUGAUGAAAAUAGUUGAAAUCCUUGGUCUUCCCCGUAAAGAAACAUGGCCCGGCCUCGUAUCCAUGCCUGAAUACACUCAGCUCCAGUCUCUCGUGCUGCACCGACAACCAGCGCAUUACCACCGUGGACCAAAUCUCGAGGCAUGGUACCAGGGUUGUCUGAAGAAUGGUGGAUAUUCCGCUUCGUCGAGUAUCGGUACACCCGGUGCAGAUGGAUUCGAUCUGUUAUCUCGGAUGCUGGAGUAUGAUCCUACGAAACGGAUCACAGCUCAAGAGGCAUUGGAGCAUCCCUAUUUCUCAAAUGGAGGACCUAUCAGCGGGAACUGUUUCGAAGGGAUUGAGAGUAAAUAUCCUCAUCGUCGAGUUACGCAGGAUGAUAAUGAUAUUCGGACGGGAAGUCUACCUGGUACGAAACGGAGUGGAUUACCUGAUGAUUCGUUGAUGCGAGCUUCGAAGCGUUUGAAAGAAUGA